UUAGUGCAUUGUACAUUUAAAAUUAACAUUUUCUUCCACUACUUGCAGGACUAACAAUCGACGGGAGGGAGAGCUUUUGUCAAGGGCUGGUCGGCAAGCAAGGAAGAAAGCCUGAUUUUCUGUUCGAAGAGGUGCCUCAACAUGGUCCACUCGAUUGACGUGGUAGCCACGGACCCAACUUUCUGGGUAACUCCAAGGUUGGCCGGGGCAAUGCACGUCAUGAUCCUGGCAGUUUUUGCUUUUGGCGCUGUAUUGCCAAUAGGCGUUGCCAUCAUGCGGUCCAAAAGUACUGAGGCCUACGAGGCGGUCUUUCACAAGUUCAAGGAUCUUGGUUUGGACGCCCGGACCGUCAUCACUUACUGGGGGCGCAAAGGGUGGCGGAAUGCCUACCCGAAGUGCAAAAUUUAUAGGUGUAUGUGGCACUUUGUAAGGACUUUGGGAUACCCCUCACUAUUGUCAAUGACAAUGGUACGCAACUUAUCUCCAAGGAAUUCGAGCAAUUUCCUCUCCGGAAUGGCGUCUAGCAUGUCAUGCCCACCAUGGCACCCAUCUUCCAAUGGCCUUGCUGAGAGAACAGUUCGGUCCGUUAAGGACCUCUUGCCUAGAUUCCAUGAAGGUGACAUCCAUGCCAGGGUGGCCAGGGUCCUGCACGCCAUGAGGAUCGCCCUUCGUCUGCAGGAGGCGUUUUUCCGGCGGAAGUCAUGUUCGGCAGCCGUCUAUUCAGAUCUUCAUUGAAGCGACUGCAUCCAGACUCCUGGCCUUCGCGGAGCCGGGAGCAAGACAACUCGUCCCGGCCGACUCGUACUCGGCCCUCUACGUCCCGACCCUAUCUCGUCCCGGGUUCAUUUUUGGACUCGGCCCACAGGGGCGACCAACUGUUCCCGAACCAUUGUUGGUCCUAGCUGGUCAAUAGUUUAAGGUCUAAUAGUUUAACUCCGCAAAAGCAGGGCUGCGGCUCGCUGCAGCGAAUAACACUGGGGUUUAAGUCGUUUCAAGCUAAGCUCCAC